AUGGUUUUCGGAUGGGGAGAUUCUGAGAAUGCCUACAACCAGGUCCAGAAUGGCGACGCAAACGAAUCCAACUUCGGCCACGAGGCUCUUGCUGGUGCCGCCUCCUUCGGUGCAUUCAAGAUCUUUGAGGACAGACAGCGCUCAGAGGGGAAGCCAGUAUCCCACCAAUUCGCCAAGGAACUCCUCGUCGGUAUCGCCGGUGCUGAAGUCGACAAGCUCGCUGAGACCAAGGGACUGGACUUCGUCGACCGUGAGAAGGCCAAGAGACACGCCAAGGAAAAUGCUGAGAACUUGUAUGAUGAGCACUACAUCCAGAACCAGGGUGCUGAUCAAUACGACCCAAACCAGUACAGUGCUCCCCAACAAUUCAACAACUACUAG